AUGACUUCCAAUAUAUUAACCAACAUUGUGGAGGAGCUGGACUCCAAGUUUAAAGCUAUUGGGAAUAAAGUGUUAAUUUUUGUGGACAAUGCAGCUUGUCAUAAACUAAGUGAUGGAAUUAAUUUGAAUAAUAUAAAGAUAGUAUCUUUGCCAGCAAAUACGACGUCGUUAAUUCAGCCAUUAGAUCAGGGCAUCAUUCGAUCUUUGAAAUGCCAAUAUCGGAAGAGCAUUGUGGCAAAACAACAUCUUCAUUUAGAAUGUGGAUUUUCAUUGGAAGAACUUGCAAAAACAAUUGACAUUCUGGAGGCGCUGAAGUUGGUGGAAUUGGCAUGGGAGAAAGUGACGGCAGAAACUAUUUCCAACUGUUUCAAAAAAGCUGGAUCUAUUCCUGGUAUUGAAAUAAAUACGACUGAUGUAAGUGAUACACUUUAUGAGGCUUUAGGAGAAGAAAUCGACCAACAUAUUGAUAUUGAUGAAAAUGUGGAAUGUUUCGGAGAAUUUACUGUCGAAGAUAUUAUUGAACAAGUGUCAUGCUUUCAAAAUGUGGACGAAGGAUUAGAAGAGAACAGUGAUGAAGACAUUAUAAAGCCUACUAAACCCCUAUUAAAGAAGCUCUAUUAUCCAUCAAUAAUUUAA